UGACACUUCGUAUAGCGAAGCUCUCUUUGUUUAAGGAGUAUCAGAUUGAAUGCCGCAUUCGCUGAGCAUUGCGAGCAGCUUCGUGGAUGUUCAGCUAGAAGCGUCAGCCAGCUGACUCUUGCCGGAUCCAAUUUGCAUGAUUAGAAGGCCAGCUGCAAGCCAAGAGAUGGUCUUCAAUACAAGGUUCAGGGUGUAUUGCAAAGUACGCGUCGUCGUUAACCCGUGGUUGUGGGCAGGUUCGUCUUUUGUUUGGGCGAGUGGGAGAUGGAGCCUCAUCACCAAGACCUCACUGUCCACUCAUCUGACUACACAUUGAUUGAAGCUGAAAUGCAAAUGACUUUAAUCGAGCUAUUUAUCAUGUCUCGCUGCCCUGAUGCAGUCUCUGCUGAAGUCGUCUUUUCUCAGGCUAGCAAAUCCUUCCCUGCAGACGCACGCAUCAAGCUCGAAUGCAUCACAAACCAAGACGGAAGCUGCAAGCACGGCGAGCUCGAAUGCAAUGGCAACAAGAUUGAGCUCGCUGUCGAAGCAGUGAUGGGCAUGUCCUUCAACAUUCUCAAUUUUACCGAUUUGUACAAUCGCAACUUUGAACAGAUUGGUGUGGUUCCGUUGAAGCAUCUAGAUGAUUGCUUGUCUGCAGCAGGUCUCACCACAGCACAAAAGGCUGCUGUCAUUCAGACAUACGAGGCAAAGGGAGAUGAACUGAUGCAAAAGAGCGGAAAAUACACGCAAUCUCUCGGCGUUCGCUACAGCUGCACCGUCCGCAUCAACGGCGAGAUUGUUGGCAUCCGCGACAACAACGCAUGGAAGGAGCUCAAGCACGGCAUCGAUGGGUCACCAGAGAGCUGGUCAAAAUUUGUCAACAAGGUCUCCAAUCACUAAGCAAUUCUAAAGCAUUGUGGCGACAAGAGCCACACUGACGAGUCCAGCU